AUGGCCACAGCAUGUGUCAGUGUCCAGGUGCCUAAACAAAGCAUCGUCUCCGAAGCUGCUCGGGAGAGGGAGACGUUUAGAUAUGACGACUCACUAUUCAACAAUAUCCGCAUCAACAACUCUGGUGCUCCGGUCCCCAGUACGGAGCUGGCUACAUGUCCAGAUGUCAUCUUGACAGCUCUGGCUCGACUUUGUGCCUCUGAAACCGGUGCAGCGCGCUGCAUGAUCUCGCUGUUUGACCAGACUCAUCAGUAUAUUAUUGCAGAAGCUUCGUCCGUGACCCCAUUGAUUCCCAACUUCGGAGAUGCCGGCAACGGUGAAAUCCUGUGGCAUUGCGGAACGGCGAUUCCACGGACACACAGUCUCUGCGAGAGUACUUUAUGUUCCGGCGACCCUGACCAGUUUGGCCCCGAUCGAACCUUUGCUGGUGACGAAUUGCCGGUUAUUGUUUUUGAUGAUGUUACUCUUAUUCCCGAACUUGCAUCAAAGCCUUAUUGUCGGCCCGGCGGUGCUUCUAGAUUCUAUGCAGCCUCGCCAAUUCGCAACGAACGAGGUGUCAACAUUGGCGUUAUCUGCGUGAUCCACACAGAGCCUUCACUGCCUUGGGAAGACAGACAUUCGAGGCUGAUGCGGGAGCUCUCGAUAGCGGUGGUAGAGCACCUUGAGACCAUCAGUCUUAAAAGCAACCAAAGGCGCAGCGAAAGGAAAAAUCGAGGUUUGACGAGCUUUCUUGAAAACCCUACUGUGGCACCUCUCAGCCAGUCUCAUCCUUCUGCACGAAACAACGGGGAUCACGAGAAGAAAACUCCUGCGACUAAGAGGCCCAAGACUGAGGAUGUGCAAAAGGCGUUGGGCGAGAUGACUAUGAAAGAUUCCACGACUUCAAGUGUCGACUGCGGUGACACAGCUACACCACAUCCAGAGACAUCAACCAAAGGCGCCUGUCCGGUUGAGUUCUCCACAAAAUUGACAGCCCCCCAAGAAACAUCUAGCCCUCUUCUAACUUCAAAGCAAAUCUUCUCUAAAGCGGCUUCUAUUGUCAAGGACUCUAUCGAAGCCGACGGAUGCUUGUUUUUGAACGCAGACAUGCUCGAAUUUUCAAGCGCCGGCUCCUCAACUGAAUGGAUAGACGAAGAUAUGGCGGCUCGACGCCCCUCGGCAUUCAGUCACAACGAAAGUGAAGACGCUUAUACAACCGGCUCCUCCGAAGAGCGCAUGCGGCCACCAUGCCAAGCACUCGGUUCAUCGGCUGCGGGCCAGGAGUACACCGGGAAGACUAACGUUGGGCUUCCACAAGCUCUCCUCGCUCGGAUGAUUCGACGAUAUCCUAGGGGGUAUGUCUUCAACUUUGAUUCUGACGGAAACUUGCAGCCUGAUGAACUGUCCGAUAACGACAGCCACCAUUCGUAUAACACAAAUCAAGAAGGGGCCUACGUCCCGAACAAACGAGAGAGCAGAUUCCGAAUUCAGCAACGAGAAGCAAGUAUCCUGCUGGAGACAUUCCCAGGUGCUCGCAGCGUCGCUUUUGUUCCCAUUUGGGACCUUAGAAAGAAACGUUGGUCUGCCGGUGGCUUCAUUCAUACAUACAACAUCAAACGCAUUUUCACCAUAGACUUUGAUUUGAGUUAUCUCAGAGCCCUUGGAAUGCUCGCAGCGUCUGAAGCCUUCAAAUUUGAGACUUUAGCUGCUGAUAAGGCCAAGACCGAUGCCCUGGGUUCGCUGUCUCACGAGCUGAGAUCACCACUUCACGGCGCUGUUCUCAGCGUUGAACUUCUCAAUGAUACAGAUCUCACUAUUCCGCAGCAGAACAUCGUACGUACUAUUGAGACGUGUUGUCGAACUCUUUCGGAUACUAUCGACCAUCUGCUCGAAUACUCUAAAGUAAACAAAGCCCUACAACAGGAAGCGCCUCGCGAAAACCAAGUAGACGGUUUCGGCUACAAUCGAGCUUCUAAUUUUGGAAUUCCUCCGAAGCCUAGGAAGGUUGUUCAGCUCGAUGUACUUACUGAGGAGGUUCUGGAGAGCGUCUAUGCUGGCUUUAACUUUCAACAUGUCUCCAUCAACCAACUAUCAGACAAGCCACCUCGACGACCUGGUCACACUUCUAUUCGUCGAAUGGACACUAUGCAAGCUAUAGAAGAGCUUCAGACACCACUCCGGAAGACGGGAAACAACAGAUCGAAGACAAUGAUCGGAGACGUUGAAAUCUUUCUCGUUAUUGAUUCGCGCCCAUCGUGGGGUUUCUAUACACAGCCGGGGCCUGUGCGUCGUAUCAUCAUGAAUUUGUUUGGAAACUCGCUCAAGUACACCCAGCAUGGUCUUAUCAAAGUAUCCUUGGAGCAGUCAAGUGCUAUUCGAAACGACGACAAUGACUGUUGGGUUACUAUCACCGUUUCGGAUACCGGAGUAGGCAUUAGUGAUGAAUUCCUGGAAGAUGGAUUAUUCAAACCAUUCUCGCAAGAGAACCACUUGUCUCCCGGUACAGGGCUUGGACUAAGCUUUGUCAAGCAGAUAACAGCGCAGUUUGGAGGCCACAUCUCCGUCGAUAGCAGAGUUGGGGUUGGAACCACCGUGACAGUAAGACUGCCCAUGAAGUUAGGAGAUGACUGUCACAACGGUGUUGGCGAGUUUCGACAAAGGGAAGAGGAGUUCGAGCUGCAGACGGAUAAACUGCGAGGACUACGAGUCAAGGUAAUUGACUUCAAAAGGGAUGCAGUUACAGGUGGCGGCUCUUCCAAGAAAACGAUUGAGGCCCCGGAUCAACUUGUGCAAAAUAUAUGCAAAGACUGGCUAAACAUGCAAGUCAACACCGACCCCGACGGGUCUGCAUCAUCAUGCUGGAUGCCAGAUCUCGCCAUAUGGUCUGAACACGGAUUUGAAAGCCCUUACGACCCGCAAGAAUCACUGCCAGACGUACCAAACAUUGUGCUUUGCGCCAAUGCCCUUACGGCGCACCAAUAUGCUUCUGGCACAAGGACUAUACCACGCCGUGGAGUAUUCGAGUUUAUUUCACAACCGCUCGGCCCUCGAAAACUUGCAAAAGCAUGCGCUCUGGCUCUAUAUCGCUGGACAGUCGCGCAAACAUCCACUAAUUCUCCAACAACUGCGUUCACGCAGUCAGAACCUCAAAAUCCGUCUAUCAGUGAAGCAUCUACACUAACAGAUCCUGGCUCACCAUUCCCUCAAAGUGCAGACGCAACACCAAUGCAAUCCGAGGAAUACUUCAGAACCCCUGAAUUCCUACUUGUGGACGACAAUUUUAUCAACCUCAAGAUCCUAUCAUCAUACAUGAAGAAGCUCAAGCAGCCUUACCAAACAGCUUCGGAUGGCUUAGAAGCGGUAACAGCAUACGAAGCCGAUCCAUGUCGUUUCUCAUGCAUCUUGAUGGAUAUCUCCAUGCCGGUAAUGGACGGUUUUGAGGCAACACGGCGUAUCCGUGCUUUUGAAUCUCAACGGGGCGUGAGACCUGCUCUGAUACUGGCUUUGACUGGCCUGGCUUCUGAGGAGGCGCAGAGAGAGGCGACUGUGAGUGGACUGGACAUGUUCCUUACCAAGCCUGUGCGAUUGAAGGAGCUUGGUCCAAUCUUGAGAGCAAAGGGAGUUUUGGAAGAGGAAUCGAAUGUGGGCUAG